AUGCCUGUAAAAGCCAUCCCCAAGGGCUCGCUAGCCCGUAACGGUAUCGGGGCAUUUGUCAGACCAUGCUAUAAAGUCACACUUCAAUUUUGCAACUGGGGCGGCUCCUCACAAGGAAUGAGAGACUUCUUGACCACAGAGAAGACGUCAUUGGCCAAAUUUGCCUCGAACUUCAAGGACACUUAUUUUGAAGUCAAGAAACAAGCUGGUCAUCCACAGUUGAUUCUUCACUACAACAACGGGAAAAACCGCAGCGUGGAUGUCAGGAAUCAAAGCAGAUCCGAGAUCAUCAAGAAGCUCUGGGAGAAUUUGCAGAAGAGCGGCAACGAUCCAUUCAAAUUCAAUCAAAAGGUGAUGUCCAACAACGAGUCUGUAAGAGGCGUCUGGUCUCCAUUGCAUGUGGCCAAGGAGAACAGACACAGAAUAUAG